AAGUAGCUGCUGCAAUAUUGUGAAAUGUGACGUCAGAGUACGCAGACUGAAAAUGCAGUAGUGCAACACGUAACCUUGGCCCUGACAGCGUUAUGUUUGUAAAUUACAAGUGCACAAAUUGUGUUUGAUAUAGUGUGUGCAUGCAAUAUGGACGCCGACAGCAGUUCACGUUCACCAAGAGAUACGAGGAGGCGUACGCGUCCCAAGGAGAAGGAGAAAGAGAAGGUGCCAUACUUUGCGGAUGAAGCGAGGGAACGUGAUCGAGUGCGUAAUUUGCGACUUAGGAAAACAUCGGUAGCACGCCCAACCACACCGCCAAGAGGAAGGCCAAGGCGUGCCAGAUCUCGCUCAUAUUCAGCGGAACGCAAUUGCUGCCAUGGACGUCGCCGGUCCAGGAGCUACGAACGCCGUCACAGCAGCAAUCGCCAUAAGUCCGCCACAGCACCCGCUGCAAAGCCUAAUCGACGUCGCAGCCGUAGCCGUAGUCGGAGCCGCAGCCGCAGUCGCUCUCGAACGCCACGCAUUAUAACGGUGCCCGUGCCAGUGCCUGCUGCCGAUUAUCCCUACGCCUACGUGAGGUUGGCCACCUCCGCCACAGCGUCCACAUUUCAAUCCCAUGUAUGGCGCCGUGCCAUACGGCCUGCCACCGCGUCCUGUGUAUCCUGCGCAUCCGUAUUUUGCGCCGUAUCCACGACCGAGGCCCGCAUUCGCCUAUCGCGCCGCUCCAUUUCGGCCGCAUCCCCGAUUUAGCUAUAGGAAUCAACGGCAGGCGCCGAAUUGAAUUUUUUAAACUUUACAUAAUUACAAAUUUAUUUACUCAACUGCUAUUUACAUUCGUGUGUUUUGAUUUGUACAUUAAAUUAAUAAAUUAUACACAUGAAACUAAAUACAAAUAAAAAUAAUAAAAAA